AUGGAUACGACUACGGUGCUUGAGAAAUACACACAAGAUUUAUCUAAUGUUCCACUUGAAGUGAGGUACUUGUUAGCAGAGAUCAAAUAUAAAGAUUCAUUAUUAGUAGAGGCAAGAAGACGAUACCAAGCUCGAGAUAAUCAACUACAUAAAUUUAUUCGUACCAACGGUACAUUAACAAAACAUCCAAAAGAAGAACAACUAUAUUCAAAAAUAGAAGAAGAUAUGAAGCUUUGUCAAAAAAUACAAAAGGAGAAAAUUGUACUCGGAAAUACAGCAUUAUAUUUGAUAUCUAAACAUUUACAUAAUUUUGAAAAUGAUAUUGCUAAAUUAGAACGUGAUGAUUUAUUACCACCAUUGGAAACAGUAGUAGAAUCAAAUGAUGGAAAUAAAGAUGCCUAUGGGUUAUUAAAUGGAUUAUCUGAUAGUUUGUCACGAACGCCAACUCCAAGAAAUGGAUCAUCAGCAACACCAGUAGCUGAGCUGGUUAAAAAAGGACAUAAGCGAAAAUUAACCUUAAAAGGAGCUUCAGGUGCAGUAUCACAAUCAUCUCGACAAGUUAAACGAGCCAGAUCUGAAGAAAGUGAGGAACCAUCACCAUUUGAAGGAAGUGGUGGUUCAUUAGCAUUAAAUGGGCAUACAGACUUGAACGCCAAUGGAAUAGGAGUAGAGAAUGGGGGUCCAAACGGAGAUGAUGCAGAUAAUAACUUAUAUUGUUUCUGUCAACGUGUAUCGUUUGGUGAAAUGAUUGGAUGUGAUAAUGAUGAUUGUAAAUAUGAGUGGUUUCAUUGGAGUUGUGUUGGUAUUACAUCACCACCUAAAGAUGAUGAAAUCUGGUAUUGUCCAGAUUGUGCUCCCAAAAUGGAAAAAAGAAAGAAAAAGAGAAAGAAUUAA